UUUUCUAUUCAAGACAUGGAUAUCAAAAACUCACCAUCGAGCCUUAACUCUUCUGCCUCCUACAACUGCAGCCAAUCUGUUCUCCCACUGGAUCAUGGCCCCAUCUAUAUCCCUUCCUCCUAUGUAGAGAGCCGCCAUGAAUAUUCAGCCAUGACAUUCUACAGUCCAGCUGUGAUGAAUUACAGCAUUCCCAGCAGUGCCACCAUCUCAGAAAGUGGGCCUGGUCGGCAGACUGCAAACUCCAAUAUGUUGUGGCCAGCUCCUGGACAUCUCUCUCCUUUAUCUCUUCAUUGUCCCCCAUCUCUCCUGUACGCAGAGUCUCAAAAGAGUCCGUGGUGUGACCCGAGAUCACUAGAGCAUGCCUUCCCGAUAAGCAGAGAGGCGCUGAAAAGGAAGAUUAGUGGGACCAGUUGCACCAGCCCAGGCUCUAGUCCAAGUUCAAAGAAGGAUGCCCAUUUCUGUGCUGUCUGCAGUGAUUAUGCAUCUGGGUAUCACUAUGGAGUUUGGUCAUGUGAGGGAUGUAAAGCCUUUUUUAAAAGGAGCAUUCAAGGACAUAAUGAUUAUAUUUGUCCAGCAACAAAUCAGUGUACAAUAGAUAAGAACAGGCGCAAAAGCUGCCAGGCCUGCCGUCUUCGGAAAUGCUAUGAAGUUGGGAUGGUCAAGUGUGGAUCCCGGAGAGAGAGGUGUGGGUAUCGCAUCCUGCGUAGACAGAGGAAUUCAGAAGAGCAACUGCAUUGCCUGAGUAAAGUCAAGAGAAGUCCUGGCCAUGUGACCCGAGUGAAGGAGCUGCUGCUGAGUGCCUUGAGUCCAGAGCAGCUGGUGCUCACCCUCCUGGAAGCAGAGCCCCCGCAUGUGCUUGUCAGCCGCCCUAGCACCCCCUUCACUGAGGCUUCCAUGAUGAUGUCCUUGACCAAGCUGGCCGACAAGGAACUGGUGCAUAUGAUUGGUUGGGCCAAGAAAAUUCCAGGCUUUGUGGAACUCAGCCUGUAUGACCAGGUGCGGCUCUUGGAGAGUUGCUGGAUGGAGGUGUUGAUGGUGGGUCUGAUGUGGCGAUCCAUAGAUCACCCGGGCAAGCUCAUCUUUGCACCAGAUCUCGUCCUCGACAGGGAUGAGGGGAAAUGUGUCGAAGGAAUUCUGGAAAUCUUUGACAUGCUUCUGGCAACAACCUCAAGGUUUCGUGAAUUAAAACUUCAACACAAAGAGUAUCUCUGUGUCAAGGCCCUGAUCCUUCUCAACUCCAGUGUGUAUCCCUUAGCCGCAGCGGCCCAGGAGGCUGAGAGUGGCCGGAAGCUGACACGCUUGCUCAAUGCUGUGACAGAUGCCCUGGUCUGGGUCAUCGCCAAGAGUGGCAUCUCGGCCCAGCAGCAGUCCAUGCGCCUGGCCAAUCUCCUGAUGCUCCUGUCCCACGUCAGACAUGCCAGUAACAAGGGCAUGGAGCACCUGCUCAGCAUGAAGUGCAAAAACGUGGUCCCAGUCUACGACCUGCUGCUGGAGAUGCUGAAUGCUCACACGCUCCGCGGGUACAAGUCCUCGGUGGCAGGAUCUCUGGAUAGCCUGGCUGAGAGUCAGAGCCCAGAGGACUCCCAGAACACGCCGCCUCAGUCAGGUCCAGCUCUGCGGUGA